UGGUGAACUCGGGUUUGUGUUCGUGUGUGUGAGACAGAUUUACUCGAAAAGAGAAGAAAGUUUCGAAAUGCGUGCUGCAGGAAUUACAUUAAUUAGUUUAGCAUUAACAAGUGCCGUAAUUGGAAAUGCGUACUAUCAAAAGAAGCAGUUCUAUCCGUCAGUUGUGUACAUAACGAAAUCAAAUCCAAGUAUGGCGGUAAUAUAUGUCCAGGCAUUCAUCUUGGUAAUCUUGAUGGGAAAACUAAUGCGCAAAGUAUUUUUUGGACAGCUGAGAGCAGCAGAAUUUGAGCACCUCAUGGAGCGAUCAUGGUAUGCAGUCACAGAGACAUGCCUGGCCUUCACUGUUUUUCGAGAUGAUUUCAGUCCAAAAUUUGUUGCACUUUUCACUGUUCUUCUAUUCUUGAAGUCUUUCCACUGGCUGGCAGAGGACAGAGUAGAUUUUAUGGAAAGAAGUCCUGUCAUAUCAUGGUUGUUUCAUAUACGAGUUCUAUCCUUGCUCACCAUGCUUGGUGCUCUCGACUUGAGUUUCGUGGGCCAUGCUUACCAAUCCACAAUUACCAAGGGGGCAUCAGUACAACUAGUAUUUGGAUUUGAAUAUGCCAUCCUCCUUACUAUCACCAUCAACAUUGCUAUCAAAUAUGCACUCCACACCAUUGAUCUGAACAGCGAGAAUCCGUGGGACAACAAGGCUGUCUUUCUCUUGUACACUGAGUUGGUCAUGGGUUUCUUCAAAGUCUUCUUAUACAUCGCCUUUGUUGCCAUCAUGGUGCGAAUUUACACAUUGCCGCUAUUUGCGUUUAGACCAAUGUACUAUACAAUGAGGUCAUUUAAGAAGGCAUUCAAUGAUGUGAUUUUGUCUCGUCGUGCAAUUCGAAACAUGAACACACUGUAUCCUGAUGCUACUCCAGAAGAAUUAGCUGCAGCAGAUAACGUUUGUAUAAUCUGCAGAGAAGAAAUGGUUACAGCAUCAAAGAAACUCCCUUGUAACCACAUCUUUCAUACAUCGUGUCUUCGGUCAUGGUUCCAACGUCAGCAAACCUGCCCCACAUGUAGGUUGAACAUUUUGAGAACCCCUGCACCAAAUAUGCAGAAUCCUGCAACUCCUCAAGUGGGACAGCCUCAAGCCCAACAGCCCCAGGGUGCUCCUGCAGCAGGACUACCCCAGCCUCCUGCUGGCAUCAAUCCUUUCCAACCACUGCUUGGAGCUGGACCAUUUCCAUUUUGGCAGCCAUUUCAACAGCCAUUUCAGCAACCACCUGCUGGAGGGCCUGCAGGAAAUAAUCUGCAGCAGGCAGGAGAAUCAACUCAACAGCCGAGUACCUCAGGUACACAAGGUUCAAUUGCAGGGACUUCAUCUGCCUCAGGCACAGCUGGCAGUGGGACACCGAUAUCGCCAACCUCUCAGUCAUCUGCCACCUUCACGUUCACCUCUGCUCCUACCAGCUGCCCUUUUACAUCAACACCUCCCCAACCACCAUCACAGCCUGGAGCCAAUGUGCCACUUUUCUGCCCUCCACUUCCUUUCAUGCCUUUCAUACCCCCACCAAUGCCACCGGCUGAUUUCUCUGGGUUUUCAAUGGAAGAGCUGCAGUGGAUGGAAGGAGUGACAAGAGAGAGUGUGGAGGCAAGACUAAAAUGCCUUCAUAACAUCCAGGUCCUCCUGGAUGCAUCAGUUACACUCAUGCUGCAAUACUCAUCUGCAGCAGCAUCAAGUAUGGCUACAGCAUCAGUUGCAACAGCAGGUUCAGAGAACACAACUGCAUCAUUUGCACCUGCGUCAUCUUCAACAUAUCGAGCAUCUGCUUCUAGCAGCAGUAGGAAUGAAAGCAGUGAAGGUGCUUUUGGUUUUACACCUGAACCUUCCUCACCAGCCAGCGAAGAGGCUGUAUCAUCUACACUUACCAAAGAACAGGAAGAAAUCAGACGAAGGAGAAUUCAAAAGUUUGGCCAGACACACAGUUCAGAUUGAGAAUGCAGGCGAUGUCUUUCAGUCAGUAAGAAUUCAUAUGUAUAUAAAAUUAUUUCAUGUCUGUGGUAUUUUUUUAAUGGGUUCGAAAAUUAUUUAUAUUAAUUUCAUAUCAGUUUGCUCACACCCUUCUGAGAAUUCUUGUUGCCUAUUACUUUGUGGUGGAAAUUUUACAAAAUGUUCAAAGAAACUGAUCAUUUUAUACCUACAUACAAGUGCAGAAUAAUAUGUGGGAAAUGACAUCCACUGCUAUUUUCAUAUACUAAGUGUUUACAAAGUUGGAAUAUAACCGAGUUAUUCUCAAAUUAAAUAUUCCAUGUUUUAUUACUCAGUGUAUGAUACUGUAAUAUAUAUAUAUACUUUUCUUGUUUACUUUUUAAUAUAUUGAUUUCUCUGAGAAAUGUACUGAAUAGCCAGAGAAAGGAAUGUUGUAAUUGCUUCAGGAAAAUCUGAGUUAGAAAUAUUUUUGUUUGCACAGAACUUUGUUUAUAUCAAGAAAGAUUGCUAAAUUAGUAAGUCUACAGAGAAAACAUGAUACAUAUAUGGUUUAGGAAGGACAGUUUCGUAGCUGUAGGUUGUAAGAACAGUACAUGAAAAUACAUGUAAGAAAAAAGGCAGAAAGAUAUGAUGGUUUUAAUAUUAAAAACUAAUAAAUUAUGUUAUUUUGAUCCUUA